AAACCUCAUCUCUAACCGUUUUCUCUUCCUUACAUCUAUUUCUACGCUUUUUUCUUCAUUCUUCUUCUUCAAAUUUCAAUUCUCUCACUUUCCAUGUUUCUCUCUUCACUCAUCAUGCCACUUCUUACAUCUUAAUCAAACUAACACAACAACAACAACAAAAACAACAACCUUGUUUUUUGUUUUUGUUUUUGUUUUGUCUUACAUAUUAAUAGUGUUUUAUUUUUUGUUUUAAUUUUUUAGGUAACACCCUUUAACGUUAAGAUUGGGUGUUGUGUCAAAAUCUAUUGUUAGUGUACCCAGAUUAUGCAGAUGCAGACUCUGGGUCGUUUUUGUUUGUUGAUUUUUCUUCAUCACUACAAUAAAUUUCUUCGAUUUUCUCUUCAAUUUUUUCUCUUUAUGGAUUUUCCAUCCACUUUCAAUUUUCUCACACAAGCUAGUGAACUUGGUUGUGGUUUUGUUCUUCUUGGUUAUGUUUCUCGUUUGUUCAAUUUCAUUGGUCUUGUUUUGAUCUUUGGGAUUUGUCUUAAGUUUCUUAAGUUUUCGGAUGCACCCAGGUUUUGGAAACCGCCAAAGGAGGUUGAUUUGGAUAAGAAUUUGAAAUCUGCGGUGAAAUGUGAUGAUGGGGUUGUUGGAUUGGAUGAGAAGGAUAAGGAGAAGGAGAAAGAGAAGGAGGAGGAUCCUGAAGAUGAGGUGUUUGAUGUAAUGUCGCUGAGAAGAAUGGUGAAAAUGGAGAGACAUAGGUAUUUUGCUGCGUGUGCGGAGAUUGAGAAAGAGCGUGUGGCGGCUUCUAGUGCGGCGGAGGAAGCAAUGGCGAUGAUUUUGAGGCUGCAGAGUGAGAAGAGUUCGAUUGAGAUUCAAGCGAAUCAGUUUCGGAGAAUGGUGGAAGAGAGACAAGAGUAUGAUCAAGAAGUGAUUGAAUCGUUGAGAUGGAAUGUUGUGCAACUUGAGAAUCAGAAGACCUUUUUGGAGGAACAGUUGGGGGUUUUUAAGGAGAAACUUAGGGAGUUUAUGAAGGAUGAAGAAAUCGAGUUAAUCGAAGGUGCUGAUUUUACUAGGGAGUUUUGUAAUUUCUCUGUUGAAUAUGAUGUUGAUGAUUCUCAUCAGUCUCAUCAUGAUUGCUAGAUGGAAAUGCCUUUUGCAUCAUUUUACCUUAUUCCCAUUGUAAAUUAUAUUUAUCCAUCAAUGCAUUUAAAUUUAUCAAUAACUACUGUGAUAUGAUAAGUUUGUAUCUUUUGUCAUAUGUAGAAUUGGGUUUCAAGUAAUCCAACUUUCAUAAUGUUUUAUGCUACAUUAGUCUUGUGAAUGAAUUUUAUGAAGCACUUGACAUUGCAAGCAUCUGAUUAUGGUUUUAGGCAUGUAAUGCUGUGUACAUAUGGUGUGUUUGUAGAUUGGUAACAGUGCCAUUCUUUUGGCUUCUUGUUUUUGAUAUUUUUCAAUUGUUAAUUAGCCUCAACUUUAUGGUUCA